AUAAGAAUAUAUUAUUGUAUUUAUGAGUUAUGGGAAUGGGAAUAAAUAUAAACUAAAAGCACAUCAUUCUAUCCAUUUCAUUAUCAUCAACAACAGUAACAACCCAAUCUUUUCCAAAUCAGGCAAAUCUUCUGGUUGAGCUUUUCCUUGGCUCUUCUUUCCAAACCUCAUGGAAGGCUCUGCUAAUGAACGUCUUGAUUUUGGGAAGAUGGGUUUUGGGUGCAAGCAUUACAGAAGAAGAUGCAGAAUUCGUGCUCCCUGCUGCAACGAGAUCUUUCCUUGCCGCCAUUGUCACAACGAGGCCACGAGCAUGUUGAGAAACCCCUUUGAUCGGCACGAACUAGUUCGGCAUGAUGUUAAACAAGUGAUAUGUGCAGUUUGUGACACAGAGCAGCCUGUUGCUCAAGUUUGUACAAAUUGUGGCGUCAAUAUGGGGGAAUAUUUCUGUGAAGUGUGCAAAUUCUAUGAUGAUGAUACUACGAAAGGGCAGUUUCACUGUGAUGACUGUGGGAUUUGUAGAGUUGGAGGUUGUGAUAAAUUCUUUCACUGCAAGAAGUGUGGAUGUUGCUAUUCGGUGGGUCUUCGUGAUAAUCAUUCGUGUGUCGAGAACUCCAUGCGGCAUCACUGUCCCAUAUGUUAUGAGUAUCUUUUUGACUCACUCAAGGAUACCACAGUCAUGGUUUGUGGACACACAAUGCAUUGUGAAUGUUACAAUGAGAUGGUAAGCCAUGACAAAUACUGUUGUCCAAUAUGCUCCAAGUCUGUAAGAGAUAUGACUAGAACCUGGAAGAGAAUUGAUGAAGAGAUUGAAGCAACUAUCAUGCCUGAGGAUUACCAACACAAGAAGGUUUGGAUCCUCUGCAAUGACUGCAACGACACUACUGAAGUUUUCUACCACAUAAUUGGGCAGAAAUGCAGCCACUGCAAAUCAUACAACACUCGCAUAGUUGCUCCUCCAGUUCUACCACAAUGACUAGAUUAAGCUUUCAGGACAGUGUCCAACCAGGUGGGCACAUAGAAAGCUUUUUCCCCAGGCUAAAAAGCGGAGUGGGUUUCUCUUGGUGGGUCAAACCAUUUGUCAGCUGUUUUCCAAUUAAUGAUUUUGAGUACCAUUACAUAAUUUGUAUGUGUGCCUCAUAAAUCUUUAUCAAAUUAUUCUUCCCCAAACAUAUGGAUUUAAAAUAUGGCUCCACAAACUAAGUGGAUUGAUGUAUACAUUAUAUAGUGUAAUGUUAGUUUAGGGGAACAACAGAUUCCUGAUAUAGACUACCUACAUGAAUUGUGGUCAUGGUGUUUGACAAUUAUGAGUCUUCAACAACAUGGUGUCCUCGUGGUGUUUUACAUGUACGCACAUAUUCCUUUGUUGAUGAAAUUGUGAUACAUUGUGGAA